GUGCAAACCACAGGAAUUAUCAAAUUGCCAUUUCAGGAAAUAAAGGAGAUGCUGCUUUAAACCUGGGGAUCGUGUGUUAUAUUUUCAUCAUGCAGAGGUUGCACGCAUUCCCUUUGCUUUGCUUCCUGCUUAUUUCCCAAACUGCAGAGUCCUUCUCAGGAGACCAUGCACAAUUCUUAACAAUCCACCAGAGGAGGACUGGCAAGCUUCGGUUACCUUUUAGUCAUGCACAAGAUAUUGAGAAGAGCAUAGACCUGGGAAGAGAAAAGAUGCCGGAUAUUCACUUUUUUUCCCCUUCCCAUCUCAAAGUAACUAAAUUUAUUCCUGCUGCUUUUGUGAGAUCAGAUUUCCCCCGAUCUACACAUGACCAGCCGCUCAAUCUCUUGGCUUCAAAUGACCCAGACGUCGAAGUAGAAAACCUUCCAAUUCCUCGUGCUAAUGUGAUUCUUGUGAUGCUGAGAAUGGAUGUAAACAAGCUGAACACAACGUUACUCCGGAAGUUUCGUCAGGGAGUCGCCGCAGCUCUAGGCUUGUUGCCACAGCAAGUUCAUAUUAACCGUCUAAAUGGUAAGAAGAAUUGUGUCGAACUCUUCAUUUCCCCAUUAAACAAAAAAAUAGGUGUUCCGGAUGCACUUCCUUCUGCAGAAGUUUUGCGUUCACUUAACUUGCAUAUCUUACACCAAAGAUUGUCCCAUUUUGGAAUUACUGAGGUCUCUGCUGAGAAAAAUGUCCUGCAAGGCCAACAUGAAGCAGAUAAGAUUUGGACCAAAGACGGAUUUUAUACCAUUGUUCUCUUCCUCAGCAUCUUUGUCAUCAUAGUGACGUGCUUAAUGGUUCUCUACAGAUUAAAAGAAAGGAUUCAGCUUUCAUUGAGGCAGGACAAAAAAAAUCAAGAGAUUCACCUGUCACCUCUCCCAGUUCAGGCUACACAGUCUGAGCUUAAGCAUCCAAGCAGCAUGGUAUAUCCUGAGCAUCUCCCAAAAGCUGUGAAUGUUAUUGUAGAUCCACAGAGUCCAAGCAAUUUUGAUACUAAACUUCCACUUUCUGCUGGUCCGUCUCCAUUUAAAAUGAAACCUGUGUGUCUACAGGAAAGGAGAGGCUCCAAUGUGUCCCUUACCUUAGAUAUGAGUGGCUUAGGGAUUGUUGAACCUUUCAAUGUGGUACCCACCCCACGAGAAAAGGUAUCCAUUGAAUAUCUGCAGUCGGCCAGCCGUAUCCUGACCAGACAACAACUUCGUGAUGCAGUCCAAAGCCCCCAUUUACUUCACACUGAAUUCAUGGAAAUUCCUAUGAAUUUUGUGGAUCCCAAAGAGAUUAAUGUCCCAAGUCAUGGAACCAAAAACCGAUACAAAACCAUAUUGCCAAAUCCUGUAAGCAGAGUGUGUUUGAAACCAAAGAAUGCAAAUGAUGCACUAAGCACCUAUAUAAAUGCAAAUUUUAUCAGGGGUUAUGGUGGUACAGAAAAGGCUUUUAUUGCUACACAGGGGCCGAUGAUUAACACCGUGAAUGAUUUCUGGCAGAUGAUCUGUCAAGAAGAUGUACCCGUUAUUGUUAUGAUCACAAAGCUGAAAGAAAAAAAUGAGAAAUGUGUCCUCUACUGGCCAGAAAAGAGAGGGAUCUACGGAAAUGUAGAAGUCCUUGUUAACAGUGUUAAUGAAUGUGAAUACUACACUGUCCGAAUUCUUACUUUGAAGCAAGGAAGCCAGUCCCGCACUGUUAAACAUUAUUGGUACACAUCUUGGCCUGACCACAAGACCCCGGACAGCGCUCAGCCACUUCUGCAGCUAAUGCUUGAUGUGCAGGAAGACCGUAAGGCUUAUGGCAGAAGGGGUCCUGUUGUGGUGCAUUGCAGUGCUGGAAUUGGAAGAACUGGCUGUUUCAUUGCUACGUCAAUUGGCUGUGCUCAAAUGAAGGACAAAGGCUUUGUAGAUGCGUUAAACAUUGUCUGCCAGCUCAGAAUGGAAAGGGGAGGAAUGGUUCAGACAAGUGAGCAGUAUCAGUUUAUACACCAUGCCCUGAGUCUUUAUGAGAGUCGCCUCUCUGCAGAAACUGUUCAGUGAGAAACAGAGCGUAAAACUGAAGUGUAUCUUUAAGGUAAUUUGUUUUAUUACCAACCAGCAGUUUUCCUAAGAAAGUGCAGCAGUCUGCAUGGAAAAGGAUGUGAAGACAACCUGUGAAGACUUUACGGCAAGUGUGAAGCAAUGAGACGGACAAUAAUCUGUAAAUGAAUGUACCUGUACUGUACACAUAAUAAUGGAAGGUAAUAUACUGAUAUACAGUAGUUGUAUAUGGAUAUUUAUUUAACAGAGAGGUGGAUGUAUUUCUGAAAUACAAACAAUCUACUAUACAGAAUGUAAGUUGUACUGCUACAGUCAAACAGUGGACUUCUAAGAGAUUGUUUGGUGUAUAAUAAACCUUUGCAAACUGUGUGUCUUGUAACUGGACUGUCAGUUGUCACUAUGUACCUGUCAAGUGCUAUUAUCCGAUAUGUGGUGAGCUUGUUUUCUUAUCCACAUAAGAUUAUUGCUGCUAGUCUUGCAAAUAAAAUAAGUUUAGGUAUUUUCUUCAUUUUUUUUCUUUUUAAAUUAAAAUAAUAACCUUUUGUUUUUCUAAUCUGUUCAAAUGCAGUCAAUAUUUUGUAUGGAGAUGUGUUCUUGUUCUAUUAGCAAUUUGUGACUUUCUAGAUUAUUUACAGCAUUUACAGCACACAAUGUCCUUUAUUCAAUGGAUAUGCAUGUAUUAAUCUGUGGGUUGUACCAUGUGCUGCUUCUACAGAUCUGAAUACAGUGUAUUUGUAAAUCAUGUGAGUUAUUUUAUCUAAGAACUUUAUAGAAUAUAUUAAACAGCAAGAAUUUAAAAUAAACUUAUUGUUGUCUUUUACUGAAAAUGUUAUGGGUAUGUGUACUUGAUACUUGUUUAAAUUUCUUAGCUGUUUAAAUUUCUUAGCUUAAUGGAGGUUUCUUCUGAGUUUGAAAUUUCCCUACAACAGCAUGGCUACGUGACUUCUGUUUAUUGAAAUAUAUCAGAUGUUUUAGGGGGAUGAACAGAAAUGCUGCUAUGAGAUUUUUCCUCCUUUAUUUUUUGAAAGAUGUCAUUGUUUAGUUGAUGUUUAAUUUGCAGGAAUUGUUAUGUAUAUAUGGAGAAUUCUGAGUUUUUAUUGUUAAAAUGUUGGUACAUAUGACCAAUAAAGUUCAGUUGACAAAAAUAAA